GAGCGAACGUCGCGGGAUCGACGGACCGCGGGCGGCCGUGGCCCUGGCUGUUGCUGGGUGUUGUGUUUCUGUGUUGCGCCUGGAGGGAAUUGCUGAUUGAGUUCGUGUUUGUUACAUUUUGUCCUGAAACUUGAAAGGAAAUCGUGUGGUAAUUGUUCCUAGUUAUGUGUACUAUAUCAUUCGACAACCGACAAAACAUAAUUUUGAUUGUCUGUGAAAUUGUUUUCGUGACCAUAAGCUAAUGACACACCAACAGGGAGCUUCUUUGGGACUUGAAAUGAUAUUACUUCUGAGGCAAUUCUCUGCAUACCAUAAAGUCAGGUGGAUAGAAGAUUGCGGCUGUUCGUAAAUAUAGUGGAUUUCCUUGAAGAGUAUAAUUUUAAAUUUUUCAUGUCAAAAAUGACGAGUAUUGCGAAGCAUUUGUUUGCAUAAUGAAUUUACACUCGUUUGAUUACACUUGAUAUCCUGCAAAAUUAUGCAGUUUUAUUAACCAGAAAACCAACUCCCCUGUUUAAGGAAACCUAAUCAUGAACGACUUUGACUAUGAUUUGUUUGAUGAUGUUGAUGAUAUGAACCCUGUCUAUGAUGACCUAUAUAUGCCUGGUGCGAACCUCUGGUAUGAUGAUGAUGACGUUGAAGAAGGUGUUAAAGUAGGGGAACUUCUUGAGCUCUGUAUUGAGCCUACUGUCAGAGAUGGAUUUAGCCAUGUUGGAAAACUGUUGUUGUGGUGUUUUCUCUUCAGAGCUUCUACACAACUUGUUGAAGUUCCUGCUCUUUUACGUCAUGCAGUGUCUGCUGGGACUGGUCUUCUGGUGUUACAUCAUUUCUUCCGAGCAACUAUGUAUUACAUCAUAGGCUUUGCAGUGGUUUCAUAUAUUAUUCUGUUCAGCAUAUCUUGUUUCCUGCACAAAUAUCGAGGUCCUGUUAUGGGUUUUGUGUCAAUCACUUUCCUUAUUAUAUCGGAACUAUUCCUACCAAGUAAAGUAGAAUGGCACAAGAUUCGAGGAGCACAAAUGUUAAUAGCAAUGAAAGUAAUUUCUGUGGCAUUUGAUACGGAUUUUGGCGCCUUGCAAUGUCUUCCUUCUCCAGCAGAAUUUGCUGGGUAUUUGUUUUGUGUUGGAACUUGUGUUUUUGGUCCCUGGGUUUCUUAUCGAGAUUACAUUGCUAUUUAUACAAAACCUCUGUGGGAUAUGAAAUGGUUGAGAAAAAUUUUGCUGAACAUUUUGCUUGCAUUUGCAUUCCUAACUUUAUCAACGUGUUGGGUUCAGUGGCUGAUUCCUGAUGGUUCUUGGAGAUGGUGGAUGGCAUAUCGUGAUUCAUUUUCAUUCCGCUCUAGUCAUUACUUCGUUUCUUUUCUGUCAGAAGCAUCAGCAAUAGUUUCUGGUUUUGGUCAUAAUAGGGAUGAGCCUUGGAGUAUGUCUGUGACUAAACCGCAGUUUAUUGAAAUCCCUCGAUCGCUUGUGCAAGUAGUGGUUUAUUGGAACAUUCCCAUGCACUGCUGGUUGAAGAAUUAUGUUUUUCGAACUGCCAAGCCAUUGGGCAGUUUUGCUGCAAUAUUGUCAACGUACGCUGUCAGCUCCCUUCUUCAUGGCCUUAAUUUUCAACUUGCUGCCGUUUUGUUGUCUCUGGGAGCUUAUACAUAUGUUGAGUAUGUGUUACGACUAAAGCUAGCUACAGUUUUUGGAGCGUGUAUUCAAGUACGUCCAUGUAAAAAAGAUUGCUCUCAUCGCAACAAAGAAAAGCGUCUGUAUGUUAUCUUGGCAAAUGUUGGAUUUGGUAUAAUUUCCAUGUUACACCUUUCAUAUUUAGGAGUAAUGUUUGACAUGUCAUCAAAAAUUCAAGAAGAAGGUUAUAAUUACACUCACACACUGGCAAAAUGGUCUUAUCUGAGUUAUGCCUCUCAUUGGGUAGCUUUGGGGACUUACAUAUUUUAUCUUCUUAUUUAGUGAUCUUUUCAUCAUGAAUGAAAGUUCUUAUAGGACAGAGACAUUGCAUGUCAGGAGUGAAGGAGGUCAAAUGACCACCUAUACUAUUCACCUUACCAUACCACCUUACCAUAGUGGUUCUUUUGCUUGCAAUUUAUGUACUCUUGUAGGUCCUGGCAUCUAAUGCCUCAUUCAUCUUGUAUAUAUUUAUUGGGGAGUGAAUAAUACUUGUGAUUUACAGAACUUUAAUGAACCUUACUUACUUGAUCAGUACUUCAUUAAAAACUAAAGAGCAUGUGACUAAAAUGAAAGUAAUCUUUGGUGAUAAUGGACUGUCUCAUCAUGACUGCUGGAACUGACUACUAGUGAAACUGUUUGUAUCUCAAAGUUUAAACAAAUUCUUUCAUGUAUUCCAUUUGGAAAGUUUUAACCUACUCACAGUUCUUACCAUAGGAUGUAGAAUUUUGAUUCUUUUGGAGGUGAAAGUAAUGACAGAUGAAUAACAGUAUUAUUUUAUGUAUAAAAAAAAGUAUACUCUUUAUCUGUGGUAUGCAUUUGUAAAAUUAUACUUUUGAAUGAAUGUGUGAAUAGAUGAUCUAAAAUGAUACUAUUAGUGAGUGAUGUUUUCGAUUUUCUAAGAGUGCGGAUCAUCAUCUGAAUGUGAUUGAAAAUGGAAUGGAACUGAAAAGGAUGAAGUAUUUAUAUUGCACGAAAAUAAUAAAAUGUGAUGAUAAAAUAUAAUUUAGAUUCUUUGUUGUUGUUUAUUUUAUUUUUUUAAUUUUAUUUUACACUAUUCAACUAACAGAAUUUAGUGAAUAAUCUUAAUACAAUCUUCAUCUUUACAAACCUGUAAGUAAACGUAGAUGAUGCUAUUCCUAACUUUGGUAACAAAUGUUAAUACACAUUAUGUAUAUUUGCUCAGAUAGUAUUCUGAAAGAUUUUUUAGUAUUUAUUCAUAUAUUAAAUAGUAUUAACUUGUAAAAGGCAUUGCUUGGGGUCAGAGAAAAAUAUGGUGCCAAAUAUUUUAGCAAGAACAGUAAGAUACUAAUAUUAAAGUUCAUACUUCAAUUGAAGUAAAUUCCAAGCAUAGUACAGUAGAUAUUGUUCAUAAUGACCACUAAAUGACUGCAAAUUUUGUUAAUUGUAAUCACAAGUUAAAAGUGAAUAAUUGUUGUCUGCUAAAAUCUGAAAAUUUAUUAUUUGAACAACAAAAAGAAAUGUAGGGUUUCAUUUGUUCAUUUGUGGUUUAAGGUAUAACUAAUUAUGUGUAUGUCGCUGCUAAAGACUGAAAUGGAGCUAACUUAGUGUCUGAUUAAUUCACACUACCCAUAUGGUUUGGAUAAAGCUGUGUGAAAAGCAGUGUACAGAUAAUUUCAGACUUCAAUUGUCAUUAGCCAGUGAGUGAUGUGUAAAGUGAUUGCUAAGAGUGAGGUAUCUUUGAGUUCACAAGAUGUAUUUUGGCAUGAAAAUGCAUGGGAAAGUAUGCAUUGCAUGGACUGUUUUAUGUAAAUUGCAAUGGCUGGAACCAUGUCACUAGCACAAAAAUGCUAUUUAAUGAGGUUAGGUUAGGUUAGGUUAGGUUAGGUGGUACUGUGUAAAUCGAAAUUCACAAUUCACACAGUGGAAUAACUAUAUACCAUCUCUCCCUAGCCUUAGGAAUUUUCUGCCACCGGUCUGAUUCCCGUUUAUCACAUUAUAUCUUCUAUUCUUUACCAUCAUAACGCACUUCACCUAUUCUAGCUACCUCGUAUUGAUUAAUGUGCACUUCAUGUGGCUGAUGUCCAAAGUAUGCUUUGAUGCUGUUCCAACUUUGUACUUUAUUCAUUCAUUUUGGAUAAUGUGAACAUUAAUCGGGUAAUGUGUGAAUGGUCCAGAUUAACCAUUACGUAUUAACAAACGGGAGUUAUAUGUAUAGUUUUUAGCAAUGGUAUUAACUCAUCAGUAAGGAAUAUUUGAGCAUUGUGUUUAUAUCAACCCUGCAUCUCAUUCCAAAGAGUCAUCCGAUCAUUGAACGAAGAACACUCUCCUCCCACCAACUGCUGCGAUGAGCUCUGGCAAUUAUCACUAGAGGUCAAUGACAAAUUUCAACGCUCAAUUGAUUGUGAAGUUAAGAGAUAAUAUUAAGAAUCAUUCUCAUGUUUAAGAAAUGAAAUAACACUUUUGUUGUGAAGUGUGCUGUGAUAAGCAAUUUUGUAAUGAAGUGUUUCAGUGUAACUGCCAAAUAUUAUUGUAAGUAGAAAAUGGUAAUUAUAUCUUGGUGGUCAUUGUCAAUGUUAUCAACUGUACGUUAUACAAGAGUGUGUCUUGCUUUUAUCUUCUAUGAAGAGAGGCAACUAUAUUUUUUGUUUGCUGUUUUUUGUUUUAAAAAAUGUGCACAUUGUAUAUACUGGGAAUGUGCUACCUUAGUGACAAUCAUAUUAUAGAAUUGCAUUUAUAUUAAUAUACCAUACAUAUAUUUUCAUUUAAUUUUGAAAAUAAAAUAAAUAAACAAAAUAACAAUUUGUUCCAUAUGCACGUGCUGUUAGAAUAUAAAAAUCUAGAUUCUAUGAAGUGUAGAUACUUUUUAACAGUCAGUCAGCACAAUGCAUUUUGGAAAUUUUUAAUAUGUACUUUUAUUGGUUUUUCAGAAUAACUCUGUUAGUCUGAUCCCAAGCUGUUUAAAUGAUGAUCUGAGAUUGUAGGCUCAUCUUAUUAGCAUUUGUGUAAGAGCAUGUCACAAAAAUUCAAAGAAAAUCUUCCCAGAUAUACCCAAAAUAAGAAACAUUGAAAGGUUUUAUAGCAGACCUGCAAAUAAACUUUCCCUCCUGGGCCCACCAUUAUACCACCUAUCGUCUAUCCUUCUGUUGGGCAGAGCAACAAGUGCUUUGAGAGUAAAGGACAAAUUGUUAUUGAUGUAACAUACAAACAAGGUCUUGGGCAUGCUGUUUAUUUCUUGGAAAACUAUUUUAGAUACAUUGGCUUUCUUGCCAUAUGUGAUAAAUGUUCUUACAAGUAAACAUUCCAAAAGGACUGAAUUAAAAUUGAUUAGAGCUGUAGUUCUGAAAAAAAGGCAUUUUUAAUGCAUGUUCAUCUUGUGCAAAUUAACAUCCUAAGUCCACAGGAUAGGUUAUGAAAAUGGAAGGAUAUAAAAAUAGAAAAUUUUAAAGGAACAGCUAAAUCACAAAAAUAUAAUCUAAAAACAAAAUCAUUUAAAAAAAUGCAAUGAAAUCCAGAAUUUAGAACAAAUUUGUGGCACAAUUGAAACUUAAAAAUAAUUAAACAACUCUGUAGAAUAUUGAAAUUACAUCUUCCUCAACAUUUGAAGGA